UGGAAGUUAGCAGGACAUGCUGUAGUUCCUUCUAAUGGCUACCAGAGUUUAGAAACAGAAACUCUUCCGAUGACGUUACUCUUUUUGCAAAGAAGAACCUCAAGUUAUUCUUCUUCCGAAAUAUCAAAUCAACUGUCUGUCUUUUCAGGUCUUGGAAACUGACUGUAUAAGAACUGCUCAAAAAUUGGCAGAUUUUUUCCCCACAAAAGGAUUGGGGGAAGAGGAGAAGAGCUGCAGAACCAGGUGCAGCAUGGUGUUGAAUGAAUUGUCCUCAAGAUUCCUGGAUUAUUCAUCUUUUGAUCAUAUAAAGAAUCCAUGGAACCAUGAUAAGUUCAUUUCAAAAGAAUACGAAGUUAACAUUUCAAAAGAAAAUCCAGAUUCACUUGUGAUUCUAAGUCAAUUAGAAGACAGUGAUGAUUCUUCAGGAUCAACAGGAUCUGAUGAUUUCUACUAUUCCUGCAAUGACAGCAUCCCAUCUAAAAAAGACAAAAAAGUUUUUUUCAACAUUCUGAAACAUUUACUUAAAGAUCAGAGCAUCUUAAAAGAAGGCAACAAGGAAGAAUGUUUGUGUGACAAUUCCAAACUGAAGCUUGAAUAUAUGGGAAGAGAUUGUAAAGCACUCAUUCUGGAUGAAGAUGGAAAGAAAAUAUGGGAGGGAAUAAUAGAAACAAAAUAUAUUUACCUCAACUGGCGUGGUGAUGAGAUAGAACCUCUUAGCUUAGAGAAUCUCCAAAUUGUGCAGAAUGAAUUGAAAUUCCUUGGAAUUCAAAACAAGAAAGUGUGUGAUUGCUUCUCCCUGGCUAGAACCCAGUUUAUGGAAGAGCAAAACCUGGUGCAGGAGAAUAUGAAACUGAGAAUAAUUUGCUGUGAAGUUAUUCUCACCUUUGGUAAAGGAGAGAACUUGGCCACAGUUCUUUUCGAUGACGUUGAGAAAAUACCAAAAUACAAUAUAAAAAUGGUACAUUGGUAUACCAAGCUAUACAGGAACUUGAGGGUAUUUUUUGCUUGGUUGGCCACAUUUUAUAGAAGACCUUCUACAUUGUUUUCCCAUACUGAAUCUUUGUUACAAUUUCUUCACAAAAUUCUACCACUGCUGGAGUCAAAAAUAUUGUGAAAAUAUUUACAGACC